AUGCUCGUCUCGUGGGAGUCUGUGCCCAACAGGCGAUCGCCCUUGGACCCAGAGCUCUCUGAGCUCGACAAGCGAAUUGUCUACAACCCCAAGAUCGAGCAGCCUGCAGCAGGCACCGUUUGGUGUGCCGGCAGCCAGCAGGAGGUGACCUGGGACACAUCGGCAUACAAGCAAGAAUACGGUGACCUCAAGGGCACGAUUGUCCUCGGUCAGCACAAGGCCAACAAUGAAGGCGGCCUGAACCUGCAGAGCUCGCACCCAUUGGCCAAGGACUUCUCGCUCAGCUCCGGAAAGACGACGGUCAAGGUUCCUUCCACUACCGCAGCAGGCGACCGGUACAUCAUUGUGCUCAUGGGCGACAGUGGCAAUGCUUCCAAGGAGUUCAGCAUCAAGCCCGCCGGUCAGUGCGGAGGCGCCAAGGAACAGAGCAACGGUGACGAUAGCAUUGCCGACUUCAACCCGCUUAAGAGCAACUUCGCCAAGUCGAUCGAAGAGGCUGUCGAGCUGCCAUCGGCAUGA